AUGACGCGCAAGUUCUGGGAGCGCAUGAGCGGCGCUCAACUCAUCUUCAUGGUCAACUUUAUUGUGGCCUGGGGCAUUUUCUUCGAAGGCUGGAAUCAGGGAAACAUGGGAUUUGUCAACAGCGCCCCGACAUACCAGGCCAAAAUGGGCCUCGGCCCCGGCGAUGGCACUGUCGAUAACCCAACCAGAGAGGGUGGCAUCGUCGCCAUUUAUUACCUCGGUGCCACUAUUGGCGGUUUCUGGGGCGGCCACGUUGCCGACCAGUAUGGCCGUGUCAAAGCGGUCAUAUUAGGGGCGCUAUUUGUCCUUCUAGGUGGAUCGCUGAUGGCCGCAGCCGAAAACAUCGCCUGGAUGUGCUGUUCCCGCGUCAUCGCCGGGUUCGGCGUCGGGUUUUUCAUCUGCGUCAUUCCCGUCUGGUCCUCUGAGAUUACCUCGGCUCGCCGCCGCGGGUCGCACUUCUCCCUGCUCUGGUGCGGCAACUUUCUCGGCAUCUUCAGCGCUUACUGGGUCGGAUAUGGGCUGUCGUUUGUCAAUGGUGGCGACUCUACACUCCGGUGGCGCUUGCCCCUCGCUUUGCAGGUCGUUGCGCCCGCCGUCAUGAUCCCCGCCAUCUGGGUGAUGCCUGAGUCGCCGCGGUGGCUGAUGAAGGUCGGGCGGAAUGACGAAGCGUUGAAAAUCCUUGCCGUUUUGCGCGGGAACGGGAAUGCCGAUCAUCCCGACGUGAAGCGAGAAUAUGUGGAAAUCCAGAAGACACUGGAGGAGGAUAAAGAACUCGCGGAUUUCGACUCGUACUGGCGCCUCGCAACGGAUUACAAAGAGGGCGGGCUGCACUAUGGCCGUCGUGCAUUGCUGGCGUUUGGGAUCCAGAUCCUUGUCGAGGUCGGCACGGGCAUCGCUCUCACGACCAUCUAUGCACCGACGGUCUUCAAGCAGGCUGGGUUUAGUACGGCCAAGACGGGCUGGUUGUCGGGGCUUAAUGGCGCAAUGGGCCUGGUGGGCACCAUUGUCGCCGCCUUCUUCUGUGAUCGGUUUGGACGACGUAUGAAUUUGAUGGUAGGGAAUGCACUGUUAGGCACAUGGAUGUGGAUCUAUGCUGGGCUCUCCAAAGGCGCCCUCGACCAUCCCGAACAUCAAUCUUCAUAUGGGGCCGCCGCGUCCUCCAUGAUUCUUAUCUUCACCUUUACCCUGUGCGUUUUCUGGAUGAUCCCCUGUUUUCUCUACGCUGCCGAGAUCUUCCCCACUGCUCUCCGUGCAAAGGGCAACGCGUUCCUCGUUGCCGGGUGGGGAAUCGGCAUCGGCAGCGGUGUGUUGUGGUUCCCGAUUGUGGUGGAGAAACUGGGAUAUAAGACUUUCUACAUCUUUGGCGUCACAAACUAUGUCUGGAUUGCGGUUAUAUUUUGCUUCUUCCCUGAGACGGCCGGGAGAUCGCUGGAGUCCAUUGACCUGCUGUUUCGCUCCAACUCAUGGUUCGUCUGGCGUAAUGAAAAGGAUUAUGAGAGAAUGGCGAGGGAGCAUGAGGAGAGCGUUGCGAGGGGGUUGAAGAUGCUUGAGGAAACUAGAAUGGCGGGCGGCAUUGUUAAUGAGAAGGAUGCAGAGCCGGUCCAGAUGUUGGAAGAAGGGUCAGCGAAGCACAUUCAUGCAGAGUGA